AUGACACAAGAUUCCCGUGACCCGUCGUCCAACCUACAAACCUUGGUCAGUGACGCCUUACCACCCGACCGGCCCAGCGCCGACAAACGCAGCAGCAGUGGCAGCACGCAGUCAUCCGUCGUCCGGACGUGGUGCAGCUCCUACCAAGAUGAGUCGGCCAAUGCCGACCCGUCGCCUCCGCCUCGUCCUCCUUUACCGCCUCCGCCGUACGCCUCACAUAGUCGACCUCCUUCAUACGUCCCCCGUGCGCCGGCACCGCAGCCGCCGGCACCCGCUGUUGAGACCCCCGCGCCUCACAGCCCAACGUGGGAGCAGCUGCUCGGCGAGCUCCCCGGCAGCGAGCCCGAAGAGCUGCUCUGCGUAUGCAGACACUGCCGCGGUCCGCCUUCCAUCACCUCUUCCCUCUAUGUAGAGCUGGAGAGAGUUCGCACUAUGCGGUUCUCGGACUGGAAUGGCUGGCGUCAAGCCGAUCCAUUGUCGGUGCCCCGGAGCAGGCGGCGGCGGCUGGCAAGGCAGCUUAGGAGACUAUUUGAAUUUCCCAACCGCUAG